AUGGCAGGCGACGACGACCAGAACCAGCACCAUCACAACAACACCGCUCGCGUCUGGCCCGAUGACGACAACCCGUUCGACGCUUUCCGUAGAUUCGCCGACGAGCAGGUCGCGUCUAUGCUGCAGUCCGUCGUGGGCCUACCGUCCAUGGUAAACCCCCCAUCCUCUGGCCAGUGGUCUGUUUUUACAGAUGAUCCCUGUUAUGCGCGAGACUCCAACUACCGCCAAAGGCAGAACGAUGAUGCUACCGGAAAUGGCGAACAGCCCUCCGGCUCUGGUGCCGCGAACGAUGCGGCCAAUAAUCCCCCUUGCCGGUCGGAGAACCAUUGGCGUACCCAUCGGUUUAGGCGACAUGAGGUCUCUGAUAUCGAUUCCUUCGUCGACUCUUUCUUUGACAAAUUCUGGUUUGAUGAUCGCUUCUCCCGCUUCUUUCACCCCUACCAGCGUCCCAUGUUCUCCAGCGUGAUACGGGACGAGCCCCACGCUUGGCCCGUCACCUAUCUCAUGUUCAGCCCUUACUCGCCUCUGCACCUAGAGCGUCAGGCACAAUAUCGGUCUCACCGAGAUAGAGGAUUGUUUUCAUCGCUCAUGUCGUCCUUGAAACCCUCUUCUGACAGUGAUCAGUCAGAACCGCAGUGGAGAGAGGCGUUUGAGGAUCUUCUACGACUCGAGAAUGGAAAGCCCGUGCUUGAUCGCAGCCCAACAGAUAUUAGCAAACAGGAAUCCGGAAAGGAGUGGCUGCAGGGCUUGGUGAAACGGGGUAGCUUGGGAGACCGGUGGGCGUACGUUCCUGGCACGGAUGGUCGCAGUUGGUCUACUAUUAUGUUCGGUGGCUCUAGCUCCAAAGAGGAUGACCACAAACAACUGGAGAAUGAGGAUUUGGAUAACAACGUGAAGGCCGAGUUCAGCUGGGAUUUCAAGGAACCCGAAUCGGUGACAGAGCUGGACAUUUACGACCGCUUCCUUAACGACAUCGAAGCUCGUGGACGCGAAUUCUUUAGAGCCCGUGACAGCCCUCUUCUUCGUCUAUUGCUUGAAGACAGACAGGGAGCGAAGGACAACCAUACUCCGUCACAAAUAGAGAGCCGCCAUGAAGAUACGGACAAUUGGUUGGAGCUGGUCUCUGGCGGACAGACGAAUCCUGUUCCAGAUACUGCUCCAGCAACAGAGCAAUCCACGAGUAAUCAGUCUGCCAUAGUUGAGACAUCAACAGCAGAGCAACAACCUUACGUUAUAUCUAAAAAGUCCACAACACAGCGUGUUCGACUUGCCGACGGCUCGAUUCAAACGAAAACCAUCAAAACGAAGCGCUUUUCCGACGGCUAUGAAGAAAGCAACGAAUCUGUCGAGGUUGUCAAUCCUUCGCAACACAACCGCGUUCCUGCCGAUCAAGAAAAUGAACCUGCACCCGAUCAGAAUAAGAGUGGCUGGUUUUGGAAGGGAAAUUAA